AUGCCACGUAUGCGUCCAGAUUUACCAGCUGGAAUGUUAGGGGAAUGCUAUAAAACCAAGCCUGAUUUUGUCAAGGCAUGGGAAAAAUGGCGGGCACAAAUAUCUAAGCUGGACUGUAGUGCAUUCUGGCUUGAAUGUAAUCACCACCAAACUAGGGAAGGCUUGAAAAAUAUGCUUCAAAUCAUGUUGGGAAAUGCUAGUAGUCUCAGCAAUGCAACAUUUAAUUGGAUUGAGCUGUACAUUUCUCAUUUUCUUUACUUCAGACCUUUCACUGCGGGUUUAGAGAGCAUGUACAAUCUAGCUCAGAAAUUCAUGCAGUUAAAACCAGUUUCCAGUCCCCAUAAGUUGAUGAGGCUUAUAAUUGGAAUUCUUGGUGAAAAUACAGAGGUUGUGUUGGCAGAAUGCUCAAAAUCAUUUGGCCCUUGGAUGAUUGCCCAUGCUGUAGAGUUGUUGACAGCUGGGAGCACUGAAGCAGAAAUUCUUUUACAUGAAGAGCGGCCUAAUCUGGGGGGAAUCAGUAUAGAGGAGCUCCAUCGACUUGUUUAUGCUCAAGUUCUAUCUUCUAACGUUUUAAUGUGGCAAAUUGCUCCAAUAUAUUUGGCAUCAUGUAUGAAGCAAGGAAUGGGCUUGUUGGAGAAUUUGUUGUACAAGCAACCUGUACAACAUAAUAAAGUACUGCUGAAGAGCAUAGAAAUUUGCCGUCUCUAUGAACUUGACAGUGUUGGUGCUAAUAUUAUGAAGAUUGCUGGGGUACAUCACUGGAAUCAUGGAAAAAAAGGUUCUGGAGUCUUCUGGCUUCAGCAAGCUCGGGAUGAAGUUCGUUUAAACAGAAUUGCUCAACAGUUGUUUGAUUUUGUUGGAAAGUCGGUUCCUGAUGAAAGUUUCAAGCAAUGGGAAGGGUUGAUUGAGUUGCUGGGCUCUGAGUGUAGGAUUGCUGGUGGUCUCGAGUUUCUGCACAAGUAUAGGGAUUUCAAGCGAUCCCUUCAGCAGGUUCAUGAUGGAAUAGCUACAGAUGCUGCACAGAAAGCUGCUGAAGCCCUUAUAUUGCUUAUGAAAAACCCAUCUACACCUCAACGCUUUUGGCUGCCUCUUCUAUUCGACUCGUUGAAGUUGUUGAAUUGGCAGGCGUGCCCUUUGCUGAAUGUCUCUCAGACUAAUCUGUUGUUGAAUAAACUGCAAGAGUUGUCAAUGGCAAGGUUGCGCCCCGAUUUUGUUGAAGCAGACUUGCCUCCUCAGGCCUUGAGUUCUGUCAGGCUGGCUCUUGCAACUAAUCUAGGACGGGCUAUCCUUGAGGAAUGAUGCUGUGUUGUUAUCCAACCAAUGUCAAUGUGUAGUAUGUUUCUUGUUUCCCCUUCACCACGCAGCCGUUGGUUUCAUUAUUUAUUGUUUUACUUUUAGGGUAAACCAUUUUCUUUCUUGUAGUUUGAGCCAGUGAUGCCUUACCUUACCUUACCUCUCAAUACUUUAGAAACACCUCCUAAAGUCUUAGGCUAAAAUGCACCUGUUAAUGAGAAUGACAAUACAGCACAAAACACUAAUAAUUUUUUUUUUUCAUUUUUUUGUAUAUAGAUUUUUUUCUUGAAUAGUUUUUCAAAUUGGAAAAUUUACAUUGCACGUAGAAAGAGAGAGCAAAUAAGGUAGGUUUACACUAGAAGAAAAAGAACAUGCAUAAUAUUUAUAAGGUGUAAAAGUUAUCUUGACAUGUUAUCUUAUUGAAAAUAUCAUAUGAUGAAGUGUAGGUUUCCAAACGACGAGGAGAGGUAACGUUGCAUUGGCUCCUUUUAAAAAAAAUAACCAAUACAAAAAUUCCACUGGCUGGUUGUAAAACAUUAUUUGCCUUUCAAUCAUUCCCUGUUGGCACUUUCACUGCUUUUGUCCAUGAAGAUUCACACCUUUCCUUGUCAUGGAGAGUAUUGGAUGUUUCUUUCAUGUGUAGCUGGCGUUGGUCACAGGAUGAAGCUCUCAUGGUAAUAGAGUUUGGCUCUUUUCAGCCUUAAAUUUUUUUUUUAUUUAUUUUUUUUCUGUUUUUAUAUUGCAGACUAAUCGACUAAGCAUUGUGCGU